GUCUAAAACAAUAUUAGUAUAUAUCGAUCCGUCCAGAUUAUAGAUAUCCAUUCAUAUAAUCAUAUUAUCCGGAAUUGUUUAGGAUAAAACAUAGCAAUAAAGGCUCUAUCACCUGGAUUUCUAAGGCUUCUCCUCCUAACUAAUUUGGGCUAUCUCUAUCUAUGUUUGGGGUUAUGCAUGGACCCACUAUUCCAUAUUAAUUUCUUAAUCAACAUUUAGUUCUUUGGUUAGCCUAAAAAUUUCAACAAUACAUCAAUUUGGUUGAUGAGAACGCUUGGGCUCUCUCUCCGAACCAAAUGGAAUGUGCUGAGCAAAGGAGAUGCAGAGAGCUGGCCCAAGCAUCAACCUUUUACCGUGCAGUGUACUCAGUGAUAGAGGAGGUUGGAUGGGAGAACCUGGCGAGGUUCAGUGGAGAUCUAACAUCUCCCAGCUUUUGGAUAUUCAGAGAUGGCAAGGGCAGCAUGCAUGUUGUGGAAAUUUGUUUGGAUAAAACACAUCCCAAAAGUCCUCCUCCAAUUUCAGCAAAUGUACCAGAUUUGUUUAAUUUAAAAUGGUCAUCAAACUCCAGAUUGAAAGACGUGGUGCAGCAGUUUAAAAAGCAUCUGGAGACGCUUCAGGCAUUUUGGUCUACUUUGGAUGAUAUCGACAGGUCCCUUUGGGUUGUUGAUCCUAAACAAGCAUCCCCUGAUGUAUCCUAUUGCCAAAUCAUUAUAGAAAAUGAUUGCUGCAUUGUGUUGUCCAUUAAUUCCGUUGAUCCUAGAACUUUACCAGAUUAUCUAUCAAUUAUGAAUUAUCUACUUGAAUGUCUUCUGGAGACUCAACUGCCAACGCCCCCUGAUGUCGAGAAGAAUGACCAGAUGGUUGAAUGUGGAAUUUGUUAUGCUCAGAGUCUUCCCAUCGGUAAUUCUAAUGUUGAUGAUGAGCUUAGAGAUAAGAGUGGAACUGGAACUGACUAUGCAUUCGAUAAUACCCGCUGCAACAAGGCUUUCCACAGCAUAUGUCUUGUGGACUGGUUGCGCUCUAUCACCACACGAAGGCAGUCAUUUGAUGUCUUAUUUGGAAGCUGUCCAUACUGUUCAGAACCAGUUGCGGUGAAAAUCAACAGCGUUAAGAAGUAAUCUUCGUCUUCUAGUCCUCCUAAUCAAAGAUCUGUUGAUGCUCUCAGUUUCCCGGAGUGUUCUUCAAAUGCGAUGAAGUUCUCACCGGAAGAGCACAAAUUUUGGAUUAAUGUUCAUAGUAAAUUUUGUAGCAGUGUGGAAAUGUGAGUACUAACACACAGAAAGCUCUACUGUAAGCAACAUCCGAAUACGUUUGAGUCAUAUCACUUCUAGUACCAUCCUUAUCCCAUCAGAGCUCAACACUCAAUCAUUUGUACUACCCAUCAAUUGUUGGAAAGUAGCUUCUUAUCCAU